AUGGGAUUUUCUUGGCCUUCCUCUUUUUCUCUCUUUUUGCAAUUGUUCCUACUACCAAGUAGAGAGAGAGAAAGAGGACACUUUUGGAACGUUUAAGAGACCAAAUUCUCAAGAUGGGUGCUUGUGCUAGUGUUCCAAAGAGCAUGAGGGACCAGGAUGCCGACAUCCCAGCUCCCGAACCUGUCAAGGAGGAGGCCGUCGCAGCUGAGCAGCAGACCACCAAGGAAUUAGAAAACAAGGCUGGCGGUGAACAACAGUGUCUUGGUUCUUCUCUCGAUAUGCCGGAAUCAAAGGAAACUGAAGAAAAGGAGGAAAAACCAGCCGGGCAGCCAGAACCAGAGGAAACCGGAGAAAAGGAGGAGAAAGUAACCGGGCAAUCGGAAGCAAUAGAAACUGGGGAAAAGGAGGAAAAACCAGCCGUGCAGCCGGAACCAAAGAAAACUGAAGAAAAGGAGGAAAAACCAGCAGCAGUCGAGGUUGAGAAACCAACCGCAGUUGAGGUUGAGAAACCAGCAGCAGUCGAGGUUGAGAAACCAACCGUUGUCGAGGUUGAGAGACCAGCAACAGUGGAGGUUGAGAAACCGACCGCAGUUGAGGUGGAGAUUGAGAAACCAGCGGUGGUUGAGGUUGAGAACCCUAGCCAAGUGGUUGCCGCCGAGCUAAAGAAGGAAGAACCAGAGAUUAUUGUGGUGGCACCGGAAGUGGUAGCAGCCGGCGAGCUAAAGAAGGAAGAACCAGAGAUAAUUGUGGCGUCGGAAGUGGUAGCAACCGCCGAACCAGAGGAGAUUGUUGUGUCUGUUGAGAAGAAGACAGAAGAGCAGAAGGAAAAAAAUUGAGGGUGUUGUAAGGGCUAGCAUCAGAUCAGAAGCAGCUUUAUAUUGCUGGGAAAAUUAAUUGAGGAUUCUCAUAGUUUAAUUCCUGUUUGACCCUUUUGCAUUUUUUUUUUUUGUAGUUUUUCCAUAUAUAUGUUUGCAAAUGUCUCACUGGAUGGAGAAUUCCACUAUAUAUUAAUUCAAUUUUGAUGUUUUUUAUAAAUAUCUUAGACUAGU